AUGGCGAAGCCUCGGCUCAUCAUCCUGAUCAGGCAUGCCCAGUCCGAAGGGAAUAAGAACCGCGAGAUCCACCAGACCAUACCUGACCACCGCGUCAAGUUGACCCAAGAUGGCUGGCAACAAGCCUACGAUGCCGGCAGACGCCUGCGCAAGAUGCUUCGCGCCGAUGACACACUGCACUUCUUUACAUCUCCUUACCGCCGAACAAGAGAGACCACCGAGGGAAUCCUGGCCACGCUGACCUCGGACGAGGUCGAGCCCUCGCCCUUCAAGCGAAACAACAUCAAGGUCUACGAAGAGCCCCGGCUCCGCGAGCAAGACUUUGGCAACUUCCAGCCAUGUUCCGCCGAGAUGGAGCGGAUGUGGCAGGAGCGUGCCGACUAUGGUCACUUCUUCUACAGGAUACCCAACGGCGAGAGCGCCGCGGAUGCCUACGACCGCAUCAGCGGCUUCAACGAAAGUCUCUGGAGGCAGUUUGGCGAGGACGACUUCGCCAGCGUGUGUGUUCUAGUCACUCACGGUCUGAUGUCGCGGGUCUUCCUCAUGAAGUGGUACCACUUCAGCGUUGAGUACUUCGAAGAUUUGCGAAACAUCAACCACUGCGAGCUCCUCAUCAUGAACAAACAAGACAGUGGCAAAUACGUGCUAGAGAACAACCUGCGGACAUGGUCGGAGCUGCGCAAGGAACGGGCGCUGAAGAAAGGAAAAGAGAAGGAGAAGGAGAAAUCUGACACUGGUACUCCAGGCGCCAAGGACACGUCCAAGCUCGACAAGGCCUUAUCCGCAGACUCACCUGUAAAGGCGCCGCGAAGAUGGGGUGGCUGUCCUAACGGCUGUUCCCACGACAAGUCAUUCAGACUCCGCUCCGCCCUCGCCGAGCUGGUGCACCGUGACGGCACCUCUGUCCAUCCCAACCUCUCCGCCGCAGCCUCGCCAGUCACGACAACUGCUAGCAACAGUUCGUCCCUCAAUGCCCUCGGCUUCGCCACGCCUCCGACAACAAACGGCACAUCCACACCAUCUUCUAAUCUCGGCAACCGACGCCCGGCAGCAAGGCGCUUCCAGUCAGAAGAUGAUUUCUCUUCCGACGGAGAGCGUAAUCGCACACCGCAGAUAGACGUGGUUAAAGCCCGUGAGGAGACGGUCUCCAGCCCAGACGGGACACCCAGCUUCAUCUCCGUGGAUGACCGCCUUCGCGCACAGGACAUGAAGAGCCCGCCGGCCAACGGCAAGACCCCGCUAGCCAUAUUACCGCUCCUGUCGGCGAGAGGGCGGGAUUUUGGCGGCACACACAGCGGGCAGACGUCCCGCGCAGGCAGCGACGUCGACUCGUCCGAGGAUGACCGGGCCAGGCAGCGAAAAUCGAGCAGUCUGGGGCUGAAGGUUGUCACGUCACGUGUCGCCGAGGUGAGCCUCAGCGGCGAUGGAGAUGGCGCUCCCGGCAGUGGUAAGCGGGACCAGUCAGGCAUGGGACGGGGAACCAUGGCAAACCGGCUGGGCGACUCGCCUGUGAGCAGUAGCUCGGGCUGCUGCGAGGAGCAUCAUCAUCAGCAUGAUGAGCAAAACAAUGAGAACGAGCACGCGGACGACGAGCGGGAGAAAGGAAACGCCGAUGACGAGGAUGACAUGUCUGAUGCCGACAUCGACAGAGCGGAGAGGGAGGACCGUAGCAUCAAGGGAAGCGUUUAUUAG